CAUUUACGGUUUUUGAGUUCAGUGAGAAGAGACUGCUCUCGCGUCCCCCUUCCUGGUACUCCCGUGGCUGAGGCUGUAGCGUCCGAGCUGCUAGGUGCUGCCUGCGGCUGCCGCGUCGCUCCCCGCCCGGGUCUGUACCAUCCAGGCCUCCCGCAGCCUCCAGGUCCCAGUCGCAGCUGAGCGACAAGUGGCCAGUGAGGCGUGAGGAUGGAGGGUGGGGACAGAACCAGCAGGAGAAAGGCAGAGAGCGCUGGCAGAACGCAACCAGGCGCGCGUCCCUGAGCCGGCGUGGCGAGCGCCCUCUGGCCGGUGUCGCCCGCCGGGAGCACCCUCGGGUCACCAAGCCCGCGCCAAUCCUCCGCCAUCGGAGCAACAGCGGCGGCGCUGCGCUGGGACCGCGACCGCGACACCAGGGAACAACCAUGUCACCAUUCCUUCGAAUUGGUUUAUCCAACUUUGACUGUGGUACCUGCCAGGCUUGUCAGGGUGAGGCCGUGAACCCCUACUGCGCUGUGCUUGUCAAAGAGUAUGUGGAAUCAGAAAAUGGGCAGAUGUACAUUCAGAAAAAGCCGACCAUGUACCCACCCUGGGACAGCACCUUUGAUGCCCACAUUAACAAGGGAAGGGUGAUGCAGAUCAUUGUGAAGGGCAAAAAUGUGGACCUCAUAUCGGAAACAACUGUGGAACUCUACUCCUUGGCGGAGAGAUGCCGAAAGAAUAACGGAAGGACAGAAAUAUGGUUAGAGCUGAAACCUCAAGGCCGAAUGCUAAUGAAUGCAAGAUACUUUCUGGAAAUGAGCGACACAAAGGACAUGAGCGACUUUGAGAAUGAAGGAUUCUUCGCCUUGCACCAUCGCCGAGGAGCCAUCAAACAGGCCAAAGUCCACCACGUGAAGUGCCAUGAGUUCACGGCCACGUUUUUCCCUCAGCCCACGUUUUGCUCUGUCUGCCAUGAGUUUGUCUGGGGGCUGAACAAGCAGGGCUACCAGUGCCGACAAUGCAAUGCAGCAAUUCACAAGAAGUGCAUCGACAAAGUGAUAGCCAAGUGCACGGGAUCAGCUAUCAACAGCCGAGAAACCAUGUUCCACAAGGAGAGAUUCAAGAUCGACAUGCCGCACAGAUUCAAAGUCUACAACUACAAGAGCCCGACCUUCUGCGAGCACUGCGGGACCCUGCUGUGGGGGCUGGCCAGGCAAGGACUCAAGUGUGAUGCAUGUGGUAUGAACGUCCACCACCGAUGCCAGACAAAGGUCGCCAACCUCUGUGGUAUAAACCAGAAGCUAAUGGCUGAAGCACUAGCAAUGAUCGAAAGCACCCAACAGGCUCGCUCCUUAAGAGAUUCAGAACACAUCUUCCGAGAAGGUCCAGUUGAAAUCGGUCUCCCAUGCUCCAUCAAAAAUGAAACCAAGCCACCAUGCGUACCAACACCUGGGAAAAGAGAACCCCAGGGAAUUUCCUGGGAGUCCCCUUUGGAUGGGAUGGAUAAAACGGACCACCCUCCAGACCGUCCUCCUGAACCUGAAGUGAACGUGCCAAGACCCUCUCUGCAGCUGAAACUGAAGAUCGAUGACUUUGUCCUGCACAAAAUGUUGGGGAAAGGGAGCUUUGGCAAGGUCUUCCUCGCGGAGUUCAAGAGAACCAAUCAAUUUUUCGCAAUUAAAGCCCUAAAGAAGGAUGUGGUGUUGAUGGAUGAUGACGUCGAGUGUACCAUGGUGGAGAAGAGGGUUCUGUCCUUGGCUUGGGAGCAUCCGUUUCUCACACACAUGUUCUGCACGUUCCAGACCAAGGAAAACCUCUUUUUCGUGAUGGAGUACCUCAAUGGGGGAGAUUUAAUGUACCACAUCCAAAGUUGCCACAAAUUUGAUCUUUCCAGAGCCACGUUUUAUGCUGCUGAAAUCAUCCUUGGUCUACAGUUUCUUCAUUCCAAAGGAAUUGUCUACAGGGACCUGAAGCUCGAUAAUAUCCUGCUAGACAGAGAUGGACAUAUCAAAAUAGCAGACUUCGGGAUGUGCAAGGAGAACAUGCUAGGCGACGCGAAGACAAAUACUUUCUGCGGGACUCCUGACUACAUCGCGCCCGAGAUCUUGCUGGGUCAGAAAUACAACCAUUCCGUUGACUGGUGGUCCUUCGGGGUCCUCCUUUACGAGAUGCUGAUUGGCCAGUCGCCUUUCCACGGCCAGGAUGAAGAGGAGCUUUUCCACUCCAUCCGCAUGGACAAUCCCUUUUACCCACGAUGGCUGGAAAAGGAGGCCAAGGAUCUUUUAGUGAAGCUUUUUGUGAGGGAACCCGAAAAGAGGCUGGGUGUGCGAGGAGACAUCCGCCAGCAUCCUUUGUUCCGAGAGAUCAACUGGGAAGAACUUGAAAGGAAGGAGAUUGACCCGCCCUUCAGGCCAAAAGUGAAAUCACCGUACGACUGUAGCAAUUUCGACAAGGAAUUCCUAAGUGAGAAACCCCGGCUGUCAUUCGCCGACAGAGCACUCAUCAACAGCAUGGACCAGAACAUGUUCAGAAACUUUUCCUUCAUUAACCCAGGGAUGGAGACUUUUGUUUGCUCCUGAACCUCACCCCUCCCCAGACCAGAAAGGAUUUGCCUUCUCUCUGGGAACUGGUUUGAAUAACACUUCUGGGGGUCUCUUUUUCAAGUUGGAAAAGAAAAGAAACACUCAACAGCAAAGGCGGGGAGACUUUCGAUCUCCUCACAUGACUCGUGACCUGUAGCAGAAACCAAGUCUACUUCACUAAUAACAUCACCUGCUAUAGCUCCUGGCAUCUUUCCCAGCAGCCCUUGAGGUUAGAUCGCUACUAACUCUAGUUGUUUACUGGAAAGAUGGCUCCUGAUAAUGUGAAAGAUUCAAAACCUAAUUCUGCCGUGCCCUGGACAGCAAUUGCUGGUUGGUGAUGAACCAAGGUGCAAAUGGAACCUGUUUCUCAAGACUGGAACAGCAGAUCGCUCCUUGUAGAAGUGGAUCCCACUCAACCGCAGAGAAGGAGCCACUAACCCACGUUGUUCUGUGCAUGUCUGCAGAAAUGUAAAUGGCAGAAGGGAAGGAAAGGGGAAGCCCUGAGCGGGUUGUCAUGGGAUUCUCUCCAAUAAACACAGCUUGGAACUUGAGAUUUACAAAUCUGUUCAUUCUGGCUAACCCUGACAUUCAUAAAACAGAGGAGAGUCAGUGACAAUGAGCAGAGCUCAUGGCACCAGCUUUGGGGAAGGGUAUGUUGCCUGUGGGGAGCAUCUUGUUCUCACAGAAGUAAAUGCAAGUGACAAAGAUGGGAUCUUUUGCUGCCGCCCAUCCAACAUGGCCUUCCCUCUGCUCUCAGCUGAUCUCUUUAUCAACAUAGUCAUUCAUUCCCAUCUCCCCAGCAGACAAGAAAUAAAUGCAUGAUUCUUCUGAGAUAAAGAAAACCAAUCCCUUAUCGUGUUGUUCCUGGUGAUUUGAUGACAAAUAAGCCCCUCUCUAGGUGUCCUGUGAGAUAAACGACCCGUGCAUGCUAUUUGCAGCAGUCAGUCCUGCUGGAUUAGAGUGCUAACUAUACACUGAAAGUAAUUGUGCUCUUUGUAUAUUUUGAUGAGAUGUUGUGACAAUAACAAAGAAGUGGUUGUGUAAAAUGGAAUAAAAGAAGAAGAAAGAAAAAGAUGCCUCUUGAUGGUUUGAUUCUCUACUAUGUCCCUCAAAGACAUUCUUCCACCAUGGUGACCAUCAGAAUGUAGCCAGUGUUGGAUCUGCUUUAAAACUGAGGAACUGAGAAAAAAGAGAUGCUCAGAGGGGUGAGACAUUCAGGAAAAUAAAUCAUCAUUGCAAUACGCUCCUCUUUCCUCUCCCCUGAAAGAUUUCCUGAUGGAGGGAUCUACACAGGCUGCCUGCAGACCCUGCUGGGCCUCACUUCCUCCAGCGGCAACUUCUAUCCCUGGUGGAUUGCUCUCCUUCCUCAUUCACCUUCAUGCAGCAGUUUGUAUAAGAACAAUACUCCGGUCCAGCCUGCCUUCUGGAAUUUUCUGAUGACAUUUUCCUGCAUUCUCUCUUGCUUGCCCCUCUGUUGACUUCUUGUCCUUCCUCCCAAGCUAAAUCCCUCAGAACACCCCUCCCCACCCUUGCCUUGUUCGCCCCUUGUAAUCUCCUUUCCCUCCUGCGGCCACUCCAUGCAGACAGUCACAAAUCUAAUCUCCAGCUAAAGCCCCUCUGCUAGCAGACUGCAUUAACCCAACAUGUCCAGAACACAUUCAUUCCAUGAUUAGGAAAUAGUUCUGCCUUAUACUUCCUAUUUCUAUGGAUGCUCCCCGCACCAUAGCCUCUAUUAGCUGGACCCAGAAUCAGAAUUAUCAUUAGCAAUCCUUUCUCGCCUUCAAACUUCCUAGAUUUUUACUUUCAGACCAAAUCCUCUGUUCACAAUCCUUUGUAUAGUGUGAUGGUUAGCGCUGUCAACUUGAUGGGUUUAGCAUUGCCAUGGAAACAAACCUCCACCCUCCUCUGAGAGUUUCCACAGUUCAGGUUUUCUUGAUUUGGCGAAAUGAGGUGGGAACACGCAGCAUUUACUAGGUUGGGCUCUCUGAAAAGGAGAGAAAUCAGAAACAAAGAUCUUCUUUUUUUCUUUUCCCAAAUGAAAAUUAACAUCACAUGGCAAGCACACAUGUUGAAAAAUCUAUAUAACACUCCCUGACUGAGCCCCCAUUGACAAAGUUCCUGGACUUCCUCUUUGCCUUGAGCCCGAUUGCAGCAUCCAAGUUUCUCAGCAUGGUGCAGACACAUGAAUGAGACCAGCUCUGUCUCCCUGGUACUAUUUUAUUUGCCUCCCAUGCCCCAUUCCCACUUGUCCAAAUCCCCCUUGUCUCUUGGAUGGAGAUCAAAUGGCUGGCCCACCACGUUGCAUCCUCCACCUUAGCUCUCUAAGCUCUCCCAUCAUCCGCUGCUCCCUUUGGUACAUUUAUCAUUUUUCUGGUGAGCUGUAAACCCCCAGUGGGAAAGAUCUCUGUCCAAUUUAUCUGUGCAUGUUCCAUAGCUCCUUUUUCAUUAGUGCUUAAAGAGCUGCCAGGUGAAGGAAUAAAUAAGCAAAUAGG